AAUUUCGAAAAAAAUAUAAUAGAACAAUAAAGAGAUUAAAAAGAAAAAAAAUAUAGUUAAAAUAAUUCUUGCGUCAAUUGUAGGUGAAAAGCUUCCCUUUUAGAGACCGAUUUUAAUGCAAUAAAAUCCCCCUCUCUUUAUACAGGAACUGAAAUAUAGGUAGUUACCGCGGAGUGGUCAAGUUCAAAUCUUGAGUUCAGUCGGCCAUCAGCUACGAUUGACGUACAGUUAUUUCAUAUAUAGCUUUUCUCAAUUAUUACAAUUAAAAAUUAAUAUUCGUGAAGCAUAAUAAAGAAUAAUGAACAUUCAUAACAUUCAAUCGAUUUAUUUAAAUUUUAAUUUAAAACCUAGAUUGUUCUGUGGUCUAAAUGUGUUCAAAAUUAAUUAUGAAAAAUGAUUUUCAUAAAAAUUUUCUGUUGCAUUUUUAUAUUAAUUUUAUACUAAUUUUUAUUAAAAUAAUUUACAAUUAUUUUUAUGUUGUCAGUCGGGAAUAAAAUGCAGAGUAUAACAUCAAAAUGGACAGCUCUCACGUGGUUCGUGGAAUCGAACAUGGCGGCCUCUAUUAUCAUCAACGCCGCAGCCGCGAUUGGUUCAGAAUCAGUGCGGGAUGUGUCUCUCGUAUUUCAAAUCGAAUAUCGCGCAACCAAGUGUUGUUGAGAGGACAAUGCAUAUCCUCUCGACGAAACGGUCGACAUAACGUUCAUUCCUUGGCAUUUGGAGCGAUACAAUUAAGACAGCUGUUAAAAAGACAGUUGUGUGAAAAGCGAAAAGAAGUAUCAAUUAUCACAGAAGAUUCAUCUCGGAAGCAAACCGUUGAUCCAUUGUCCUCGAACACGAAAAUUACACGAAAACGACGCGUCGGCAUUGUGGAGAAUCAGUACGCGGUUGAGAAUAACACCGGUUCAUCAGUAUGCGAUUUAGUGCGAGGUUUAGAACGAUUAUUCGAUGAGAAAAACGCUGGAAAUAAUAAAAUUACGAUGAAGUCAAAGAAAGAACAAAAUGCUGAGGAGGAUGUCGUUGAUCCUGUCGAGGAAAACGAAACGUACGACGAAUUUGACACAAUUAGAAUACCGAUAGUGCGAUCCUUAAGUAAAAGUCCGCCGAAUGAUGAAGGUAUUGAGACGGAUUCGGAUCGAAGAAAAGGAUCGAUAGCCCGUUGCUGGAGUCUCGAUUCAACGGCAGCCAGUGACGAAGAUAUAUCGCUGACCACGCACCAACAGAAACGACACAAACUACGUGUUACUAGAUGCUAUAGUUCCGAUAGUGCUGUGUUGAGCGACGAGGAUCAAAUAAAAGGAUGGGAUGUUUUAAAUAUGGUAGAAGGAAACGAAUCAGAUCAUAAUGAUGGAAGACUUAGAUAUUGGAGAACACCAAGUGUAGUUGUUAGUGAUUAUUCUGAUUAUUCUUAUCUAGAUGAAAAACUAGAAAGAAAUGAUCUUGAUCUUGAAAAAUAUGAAGGGAUUAGUAGUACUCCUAGCCAAGCAAGCAGUUGUUCUUGCUUGGAUUGUGAUGAAAUUCGUGAAUCUUUGGAUACACAGUUCCUACAAGUCUGUCGUAGUAGAAGACAUUCAGACUCCUGUUGUUUGUGCCUUGAUUCUAUGAAUGCUGUUAUAAGAAACUUCAAUGAAUCUGAAAAUAGAAGAAAUUCUUGCCUGGGUUCCACUGAAACUUAUUAUUCCAAGCACAAUACACAACAAUUUACACAAUAUAUACCAGAAAGUUCUUCAAAUUUACAAGAAAAGACGAAAAUUGAUCUUUUGGAUAUUCCACCUAUACGAAAAAUUUCAGAUUGUUCCACUACAUCUAGUCUUAGCGGAGACGAGUCAGACGUUGUUGAACUACAACCAGUCAAAUCUUCCAAAUCAUCAGGAUGGAGAAAACUUAGAAACAUUGUCCAUUGGACACCCUUUUUUCAAACCUAUAAGAAACAACGAUAUCCAUGGGUGCAAUUAGCAGGUCAUCAGGGAAAUUUCAGAGCAGGACCUACUCCAGGGACAAUUUUAAAAAAACUUUGCCCUCAGGAAGAAGCUUGUUUUCGUUUGUUAAUGAACGAUAUAUUAAGGCCGUACGUUCCAGAAUUUAAAGGUGUUUUAGAUGUAAAAGAUGUAGAAGAAGGUAACGUCGAAGAAACUAAUUCAGAAGAAACUCAUCAGAAAGAUGGUUCCAGCGAUACUGUAAUCAAAAGGACCGUAGUAUCCUCUUACUUGCAACUGCAGGAUCUUCUUGGAGAUUUUGAACAUCCUUGUGUGAUGGACUGUAAAGUUGGAGUUAGGACGUAUCUAGAAUCAGAGCUUGCAAAAGCGAAGGAAAGACCUAAGUUACGAAAAGAUAUGUAUGAAAAAAUGGUACAAGUAGAUCCAACCGCACCGAAUGCCGAGGAACGUCGUGUGCAAGGAGUAACGAAACCGAGGUAUAUGGUUUGGCGUGAAACGAUCUCUAGUACAGCAACAUUAGGUUUCCGCGUGGAAGGUAUUAAACUUGCACACGGAGGCUCGUCAAAAGAUUUUAAAACGACGAGAACUCGAGAACAGGUUACGGAGGCAUUAAGGCGUUUUGUCGAAGGCUAUCCGCAUGCAGUACCCAAAUAUAUUCAACGUUUAAAAGCGAUUAGGGCCACACUGAAAGCAUCACCGUUUUUUGCUUCACACGAGGUCGUCGGAUCUAGUUUGUUGUUUGUUCAUGACACCAAAAAUGCCGGCAUUUGGAUGAUUGAUUUUGCAAAAACAUUACCUCUGCCUCAACAUUUACCAAGAAUUCAUCAUGACGCCGAAUGGAAAGUAGGAAACCACGAAGAUGGAUACUUGAUAGGUGUAAACAAUCUAAUAGACAUAUUUCAAGAUAUACGAAAUUCGGAAGGAACAUAGUUCCGCGAAUUUCUUUUUGGCAAGCAUAAGUUGAUGCUAUAGCAAAAAAGGAUAUCGGAUUAAUAGACAUUGUAUAUUCUUAAUUUUAAAUGUAAUUAAUGUAAAUUGCGUUGCACCUUUAUUUGUAUUGUGUUUCUAUGACUACUACGUAUUUCGUAAAAUUUUGUACAUAAAUUGAUAUUGUCGCAAUGUCUUCGAAACGAUAUCCUUUCAUAAAAAAACGGACCAAAGACGUGGUGGCUGUUGCUACCUAAGUAUUUCAUAAGUAUACAGUUUCCUACAAUGUAGAAAUUAUGCACAAAGAGAAUCUGUAAAAAAUAAUUUAAAUAACAUACUAUUAUGUAA